GUUGAUAUUACACGUGGACAAAGGACAUUGGGACUGAGUGCAGUUGCAUUGUUGUUCAUCGCUAGUCACCACUCGCAUCCACGGUAACAGAAAGCUUUACAGGCCAUCGUCAUCCACUGUUCGACGACCUUACAUCAUGUCAACCAGUCUCUGAUACCAUUAACGGUACGCCCCGAACGGAAUGUUGGGAUGACCCUGACUACAAAGCUCUCCACGCAUGUCUCGGAGUACACCGCAAGCACUGUUUUCAGGUGUCUCACUACGGCAUGCUCACGCUUCACAUACUCGAGGCUGGGUGACAGUACGACCUUCACAAAAUGCAGAUACACUCUCCCAGCUGGUUUGUGUUGUCCCAAAAGGCAACGGCGAACCUUCAGCAGUCAGCUCUCAUCCCAGCCCUCGUUUUUACGACCCUGGCUCUACUCAUCGUAAUACUCCGAUGGUACAGCAGGAUAUGUCUUGCGCCAGGUACAUGGCACAUUGAGGACUUUGUUGUUACAGCUGCCUUGAUUCUUACAGAGUUCGGCCUUGACAUGACACCCGCCAAGGACGAGCAAUCUACCCUUCGUCGCCUGUCAUGCAUGCUCAAGCUGGUCUUCGCACAAUCCCUCCUCUAUCAACUAGCAGUCAACCUCGUCAAAACCGGAUUCACGUUCCAAUACUUCCGCAUCUUCUCCCAUCUUCCCUAUCCCAAGUACUACUGCUAUCUCCUCUUCUUCCUAAUCGUCGGCGCCACUGCUUGGGGCGUGUUCGGCAUCAUCUUUCUAUGCAAUCCAGUCAAGACGUACUGGGAUGUCAAAGUCGACGGGCAGUGUAUGAACGCGGAGCAUCACUUUUGGAGCACUAGUAUCAUGGGUCUUGUGAUUGACUGGGCGAUUUGGGUGCUGCCAAUGCCGAUUGUGGGGAAGUUGAGGCUGCCGAGACGGCAGAAAUGGGGCCUUUGGGGGGUGUUUGGGUUGGGUGGGUUCGUGUGCAUUGUCAGUAUCCUGAGAUUGACGCUGGUGCACAAGGCUGCACAUGAGGGCAAGAUGACUAAGUCUGGCACGUAUGCAGUGGUUUGGUCCACGACCGAGCUCAACGUGGGCAUCAUCUGCGCGUCGCUGCUAGUCAUGAAGCCGUUGUUCGCUAAAUGGAUCCCAGCUAUAGUAUCCGAGCAGCCUGUGUCGGCCAGUGAGGACAGGAGAGUAUUGAGGCAGUUGACAGGAUUGGUAUUGUUGGAUGGUGGGUUGGUGGACGAAGAGAAAGUGCCCGAGCAGGGGCAAGGCAGGCGAGAUACUGGUGUUGUAGAUCUGAGUCGUGGUCGCGGUAGCGAGGGCAGCGAAGUGCCAGUGAGGAUGCAGGUUCUCAGGAGCCCAGUCUUGAGUACGAGUACAACCACAAGUGGUCCUAAUUGA